AUGUCUACACUACUAUCAGUUCGUUUAAACAGUUUUCAUCCGAUGACUGGUUUAGACAAUGAUCAAAAUGACAUUAAGCUUCAUGUUAUCGAGACAACGCCCUCGAAAGACAAGUCUUCGACAAAGAAUAACGUUGAAUAUCAACCGAAUUCUGACUUAGACGACGGGAAACUUCUUCGUAAACUUGACCUUCAUCUCAUUCCUACAAUGACAGUGCUUUACCUCUUGAGCUAUCUGGAUCGUGUCAACAUUGGUCAAGCCAAGAUCGAUGGUCUGAUGGAAACAAUCAAACUGACAAGUGCUCAGUACAAUACCUGUUUGAGUGUUUUCUUUGCCACAUAUGUUCUAUUUGAAAUUCCGUCGAAUCUUGUUUUGAAAAAAUUACGGCCAAGUCGAUGGAUUCCGAUGAUAAUGAUUUCAUGGGGCAUCGUUAUGACACUAAUGGGUUUGAUAAACUCAUAUGCAAGUUUAAUUGUGUGUCGAUUAUUGUUAGGCGCAGCCGAAUCGGGUCUUUUUCCAGGUGCGGCUUUUUAUCUGUCCAGUUGGUACAAAAGAAGAGAAUUAUCAUGGCGUAUAAGUAUUUUGUUUUCGGCUGCUGCACUAGCUGGUGCGUUCGGCGGUAUUCUUGCUUUUGCUAUUGGUAAAAUGAGAGGCAUCGGAGGACAAGAAGGCUGGCGAUGGAUUUUUUAUCUCGAAGGUAUUCUAACUGUUAUCGUUGGUGCAUUAGCCUUCUUUCUUAUCAACGAUUUUCCGUCUGAUCGACCGAAAUUUUUAACCGAGGAAGAAUGCAAUCAAAUCAUUGCACGUCUUCAGACCGAUGCUGGUCCCGGUGCUGGUGAACAUUUCAGUUGGAAACAAGUCAAAGCAGCAUUUACCGAUUGGAAAAUCUAUGUCUUUUGUCUGUGUUACAUUGGCAUCGUGGAACCAUUUUAUUCGCUUUCGUUCUUUUCUCCGACAAUUAUUCAAAGUCUCGGAUUCCAGAGUUAUCAAGCACAGUUGAUGACUGCUCCACCUUAUGCAUUCUCGUUCAUCACUACAAUGGCGACAGCAUAUUUCUCAGAUCGAUAUACCCGACGUACGAUAUUCAUUGUCUUUUGGCUAAUGAUCACCAUCAUUGGCUUCAUCAUUCUUAUCGUUGCUGACAACUUACAUGUCAAGUAUUUUGCCAUAUUUCUCACUGCAGGUGGAAUAUCACCGUGUAUAGCAACCUGUAUCACAUUUUUAUCUGGAAAUAUUAGUCCGCAUACAAAACGAGCAACUGCGCUGGCAUUUAUGAUUUCGGUUGGGAAUAGUGGUGGUGCAAUUAGUGGUCAAAUCUAUCGAUCGCAAGAUGCUCCGCGAUUUGUUCUUGGUCACAGUAUUAAUCUCGGAUUUUGUGUAUUGGGUUUGGUUACCGCUGUGAUCUUGUUUAUCGGCCUUCGAUUAGAAAAUCGUCGUCGCGAUCGUCUGUUUGGUUUAGUAUCCAAUGUGGAUAGUAAAACUAAUCUAGUCGCAACUAAUGGAAAGCAGGCAGUGACUGAUGUCUGUGGAAUUGGAAGUGAAGAAGAUCGUCGACGAUGGGGUUAUGAACAUAUGACGGAGGUAGAGAUUCUAGACUUAGGUGAUAAACAUGUUGGCUGGCGUUAUAUUUUAUAA